ACGUAUGUUACACUUUUUUAUUGUUUUUUUUUUUUGCGGGAAAAACAGUUAGCUGGCGAGCUACUCAACCAAAAAUAACGUAUCGGUUUGUAUACAAAGGCAAUACUUGUAUUUCUGAAAUACUUUUUUCUCAAACGCACUCUUAGUUAAUGUUCAAGUGGCACGAACGUGAGUACUGUAUGCAGCUGAAAACUUGAGAUGUUUACAUGCUAGCAUGGUCAGCUAACCAUGUUGUUAUUUUAGCCCAGCACCACACAGCUGACUUCGAACUCUCAAGAAUGGAGAGUUUACUUGUCAAAGAGAGUCCGCUGUUGUUACCUCUCAACAAGGAGAAAACUGUCUAUGAUGGAUUUAUCACGGUUCAGGAGAGAGACUUCAGAAUAAGAAUACUGCUUCCACCAGAUCAUCAACUUAAACUGGCUAAGCUUCAAUGCUGCUGGCAGUUGAAACAGCUAUUGUGUGGAUAUGGACACAUAGUAAAACAGAGAUUACAUCACUCUCCUGAUCUAGUCAGCUUUGUUCUGGAGCUGAAGACUGUCCUGGAAGUGGCCCUCAAGUGCAGGCCAGAGUGUCGCUCCAUCCCCCCUCCACAGUACUACUCUCAGCUCAUCAUUGAGAUGGAGGACCUGGGAUGGGAUAAGCUGGUGUCCAUUGACACGGAGUUCUGCACACUGAGACUGAGGGCUGAGGACUCCUCAGGGCGACAGCACGUCGUCACCGUCAAACUGAAGCCCAAGCACCCUGUAGAGGCCCCAUGGUGCUCCGCAGACCUACCUGUUCCACUGGCCAUGACUUGGACACCACAGAGUUCUCUGGGUCAUGUUCACACUCAGUUCCUGCUGCUUCUAGAGUCUCUGGCGGAGUUUUGGGCGGUUCUAGAUGAGAUCGAUGAAAAGACCUGGGUUCUAGAGCCAGAGAAACCCAGCAGGGCCGACACCAUGAGGAGGAUUGCCAUUGCAAAUAACGUGUCCAUAAAAGUGGAGGUUGACACGCAACACCCAAAGAUGUUGCCAGAGUGCUGCCUGCUUGGAGCUGAGCAUGUGGUUACACCUUUGAGGAACAAGCUGAAUGCCAACAUGCAUUUAUGGAACCCGGACUGCAGCAUCUUGCAAAACCUCCGGGAUGUUUUGGAGAUAGAAUUCCCAUCACCUGCCACCCACGAAAAAUCUAGUUUCAGUGCAGAGUGUGGGAUCUGUUACGCCUACCGUCUGGAGUCGGCCAUUCCUGAUCAAGUGUGCAACGACCCUCGCUGCGGCCAACCCUUCCACCAGGCCUGUCUGUACGAGUGGUUGCGUGGACUCCCUUCCAGUCGCCAGAGCUUCAACAUAGUGUUUGGAGAGUGUCCCUACUGCAGCAAGCCCAUCACAGUGAAGAUGUCCACCCAGAAACCCUGAGAGCUGACUGAAGCCUGGGCAUAGAGCUAUAUGGUUUAACAUGAGCCUCAGCAAAUCCACAAUACAUCUCAUCUAAUGUAUAUCGUCUCACUCACGUCAUGACACUAGCGAACUGGAGUAAGAGUUGGGGAUGAUGCAAACCUAAAAUAGGCAUGAUGAAUAGGAAACAACAAAAAAGCUCAGAGUUACAGGGAAACAGCACCAAGUCAUCAUUCAGGACUGUCAGCCAGAGUGAAUAGAAAGGCCAGGGACAGGAAUAAGACCACCAAGGCACUACAGUACAGUGUGACAUUACAGCCACUCUUCUGUUUGGGAGAAGGCUCUGCUCUCUGGCCGUGGUCUUUGUGGCUGUAUUCCUCCCACUCACAUAUGUGGAUGGGACUUUCCCAGUGGUCAGAUUCUGGGGGAUUGUGCUUAUUACUCUUACCCCCACACCGGUGGUCAUGGUUGAAGAUUUCUGAACCAUCCUCUUUGUACAGAUGUUUUUCCCAGUGUGUCUGACUGUGGUCCUCCCACUGGUCAUCAUGUGUUUGACCCAAUUUGCUUUUUGUAUGAGUUGUACUUUCUCUGGGUUGGAACAGUAUAUGGUUGACUUGUGGUCUUGAGGUCACAGCAACGCCGUCAUCAGCAACUAUUUUCUUCCGUUUGGUUUGUGUUGAUGUUUUCUGUUAGGGGAUAAUUCACACAUUUGCUUGGGUUUCUUCCAUUGACCUGAACUUUUGUAACAGCCGUUAAAUGUGAAAUUACAACAAAGGCAAUUAAAAAAAAAAGUGAUUUA